CACCAUUCCCCACUCCCCACUCCCCCUCUCCCAUCUAAAUCAUUCAUUCAUCUCUCUCUCUCUCUCUCUCUUCUCUUUCUCUCUGAAUUUGUUUCUGACCAGAAAAUUGAUCGUUGAAGGCGAGCCUUUAGCCUCCGAAAUCGCCUCUGCUGUUCCAUGUUUGAUUCCGGCUGAUUCCUCCGUUGAUCUGUUUCAUCGGGGCUGUGUACGAUGACUGGUGCUUCCAACCAGUUGAUUUCUGUUAGUCCUGAUGAGCUCAAGUUCCAAUUUGAGCUCGAGAAACAAAGCUACUGCGAUCUUAAAGUUUCAAAUACUACCGAGAAUAAUGUUGCUUUCAAGGUAAAGACUACUUCUCCAAAGAAGUAUUUUGUACGGCCAAACACAGGUGUUAUACAGCCAUGGGACUCAUGUUUCAUCAGAGUUACCCUUCAAGCUCAACGAGAGUUUCCUAGCGAUAUGCAAUGCAAGGACAAAUUUCUUCUACAGAGCACCAUUGUCGCUAGUUAUUCUGAUGACCUUCCAGCAGAUACGUUUAGUAAGGACAAUGGGAGAACAGUAGAGGAGUGCAAGCUUAAGGUUGUGUAUGUUACUCCUCAUUCUACUACAGGAAAUUCAGAAGACGGAUCCAAACAAGGCUCUGAUGCAAAUUCUAAUCAGAUGGUGCAGCGCACUAGAGAGGAAAGAGAUGCAGCUGUGCGGCAAACACAACAACUGCAACAAGAACUGGAUAUGCUGAAGAGACGAAGAAAUAGGAAAAACGACCUAGGUUUCUCCCUAAAAUUUGCGCUUCUCGUUGGAGUCAUCGGGUUUAUGGUUGGCAUCCUGUUCAAGCUGUUGUCUUCGCCUACUACUGCAGAAUAACUUCUUCACUCCCUUCUUCCCCAAAAUACAGUUCUUCCCCCCCUCCUUUCAUUUUAAGCAGUAAUUUUCUCACUUUUAUCAAGUGACAAAUAGGAUUCUGUUCAUUCGUUGUAAAUUGGAUUCUCCUUGAUAUAUUUUUGUCCAAAGGUUUUGAUGUCUUAGAUGCUUCUUGUAAUUCUUGGUCAAUCAAGGAUUUUCCUUUCUGGUGA